ACUGGGCCUAGCGGGGAACACCGGGCCUAGCGGGGAACACCGGGCCUAGCGGGGAACACCGGGCCUAGCGGGCAGCACCGGGCCUAGCGGGCAGCACCGGGCUGUCGAUUUGCAGGCGUAGCAGCUUCAGCUGAGAUGUGGUGUGGAGAAUGACUUGCUUACCACAGAACAACCUCCAGAAACAACUGGAGCUUCACUCAGAGAAAGGAGUCCCAAAUAAACUUUCACUGGGGAAGAGCAAACAAGGGGCAUUCACAUUUAAGAAGGUUCACCCCGGUACUGUUGGAACUCCCAGUCUACAGAGAUUUACCAGCACCAAUGCUCUCAAGGACAGAGAUGUCAAUGUUUUCAAACAAGCAACCGUGAGUAAGCCUGAAUCAAAACCACGUUCACCAAUACCUAAUGAACAACCACUCAAAAUCAAUAACUUUUUUGAACAUGCUGCCAAGCAGUUGGAUUCAACAUCCCGAUUUGUUGCUUCUUUGACAACAUCCCCAUCUCUGAGGCAAACUGCAACAACUGCCCUGAUUUCUAAGAAGCUUGAUCCAGAUGAGUCCUCGGGCUCUGUUAUCAGCCUGGAUGAUUGGGAUGAUCUGGAAGACUUUGAAACCCCAAAGAAAGAAAAAAGUGGUUUGAAAUCAAGUUUGUCCUCGAGCACAGAACAGUCAACACAGGAAUCAAAUAAAGUGAAACAUUCAAACACCAGUGGAUUGACUUCACCCAAAGAUCUAAAUGGAGGUGAUCGUAAUGUGAAACAUGUCAAUGGAGAACAGAAUUUGUCUUUCCUCACCAAGGAGAAUGCAAUUGUUCAGUCUCCAAGGAAUUGCUUUACAGAGUCAAAGCAGGUUAACAACCUUGAAAUCUGCCUGGUCAGUUCUCGGGAGCUUCCCCACUGUGAGGAUGAAGAUUACACCAGGUCUUUUUCUCCAAAGAAGCACAGGUCUUCAGGCCCAAGGAUCAUCUUAAGUGACGAUGACUCGGAUGGCAUUGGGAAGGAGGAUAUAGAAGAGAAAAUUGACCUUACAGAUGCUGACAGCCCUCGGAGCAGCCAGCCACAACUUGAUGCCAUUUUCACUGAGGGCAGAAACCCCGAUCACCUGGAGAAUGAGGACUGUGAAAUUGAUUUUAUUCCACCAUCCCCUGAAAGUGAUCAGGCAUCUCUGCCAUCCUUCCUCAAUUGUCUCAGUAAUUCGGCAGGAACUAAGCGAUUCGUCUCCUCACCAAAUCCACAGCCACGCGAUGAAGAUGCAACCAAAAAACUAUCAAUGACUAGAGUAGAUAAUGAUAAUUCAAUGGGGUUUAGCAAGCAACUGAUCCAAGUGAUGGAAGAUAUCUGUAUCUUAGUCGACCAGAUUCCUGUGAGUGAGCUGCAGGCUUUAUCUUGUGCAAGCCAAUUGCUUCGGCAGAGAGAGCUUCGAAAGAAGCUUUUGGCUGAUAAGAAUGAAACGCAGAAAAUACUAAAUGAAGAUACGGCAAAAGCUGCCUUCAGACCAGGGCAGACUUUAACGAAUAAUUAUUCUACCAAUACUGUUGGUUCCCCUGUUAGUGUAAAUCCUGACCGGUGGCAAAGAACAUCUAAAACCUUUAUGUUUAGGAAAUCUUGCCAGAAUACACCAACUUUGCCUGAUGAUAAUUUUCUUUAUGAGGCAGAUUUCAAUGCAAUUGAUGAAACUUCUACACCCACUGGCAGGACAGGUGUCCUUUCUGCACCUGCCACUAGCUGCAUGCAGAACAAGCCCUAUCUACAAAGAAGCAAGCUUGUUCCUUCAGUAUCGAGUUCCAAUCAGGACGCUUAUUCUCCAUGUGGUCAAAUCGCAAACGGAUCACAAAAUGAAGGUGGGGCAAGCAAGGCAGACAGACAGCCAGCAGUGUCUGCUGAAAGAACGUGUUCUACUCGUAAUCAGAGGCUACAGGGCAAGGACGCGUCGGCAAUGGAGGAUGAUUUUGAUAUUGAUAACUUUGAAUUAUACGAUUUAGAUGAAGAGAUGGAGUGUUUUUCAAAUUCGACAAGUGUUCCUGCGUCCAAUGAUUCAUUGUGUGCAAGUACUCUCCCCAUCAGGGAGGGAGGGUCCAAGAAGUCCUGGGAGACAAGAACUUUAGUACAAGAUGGCAGCACAUACUUGGCUAAUCCCUCUACAACUACCAGUGUGAAACCUCAAACCAAGCUCAGUUCCACAGGGUCUUCAAGUGAGCAAGGUCUCUCUAAAGACCCAGCUCUUGAACGUUUCCGAGGCUAUCAAUUUCCACACUCCAAAGAGAUGAUGCGAAUUUUUCACAAGAAAUUUGGGUUGCAUCAGUUCCGAACCAACCAGCUGGAAGCAAUUAAUGCAGCGCUGUUGAACGAAGACUGCUUUGUUCUGAUGCCCACUGGUGGAGGAAAGAGUUUGUGUUACCAGCUGCCAUCCUGUCUCACACCAGGAGUCACUGUAGUGAUUUCCCCACUCAAGUCACUGAUCAUGGACCAGGUGCAGAAACUGACCCUGUUUGAUAUCCCAGCAACACAACUGACUGGGAAUAAGACUGAUUCAGAAGCUGCUGCUACUUACAUGCAACUGUCCAAAAAGGAUCCCACAGUGAAGCUGCUCUACUGCACUCCUGAGAAGGUUAGUGCUAGCAACCGAUUAGUCUCAGCGCUGGUAAAUUUGUAUGAGAGGAAGCUUUUGGCUCGUUUUGUUAUCGAUGAGGCUCACUGCGUCAGCCAGUGGGGCCACGAUUUCCGUCCAGAUUACAAAAGGUUGAAUGAACUCCGGCAGAAGUUUCCUUCCACCCCAAUGAUGGCCUUGACAGCUACAGCUACCCCACGUGUACAGAAGGACAUCCUCAACCAGCUCAAGAUGCUGAGGCCUCAAGUGUUCACUAUGAGCUUCAAUCGGCACAACCUGAAAUACGAGGUCCUGCCGAAAAAGCCCAAGAAGGUUGCUGAAGAUUGCAUAGAAUGGAUCAAAAAGAACUACCCACGUGAGUCUGGAAUUAUUUACUGUCUGUCUCGGCGUGAAUGCGACACUGUAGCGGAAAAGUUAAAGAGGAACGGGAUAGCUGGUCUAGCAUAUCAUGCUGGCCUGGAGGACUCCAUCAGGGAAAUGGUUCAAAACAAGUGGAUUAACCAAGAUGGCUGUCAGGUGAUUUGUGCCACAAUUGCAUUUGGUAUGGGGAUUGAUAAGCCAGAUGUUCGCUAUGUGAUCCAUGCCACACUACCCAAGUCCAUGGAAGGGUUUUACCAAGAGUCGGGUCGUGCAGGAAGAGAUGGGGAAACUUCGCAUUGCAUUCUUUUCUACAGCUACAGUGACGUCACCAGGAUCCGGCGCAUUAUCCAGAUGAAUAAGGAGGGGAACCAGUUCACCAAGCAGACUCACUUUAACAACUUGUACAAUAUGGUCCAUUACUGUGAGAAUGUGGUGGAGUGCCGCAGGAUACAGCUGCUUGCCUACUUUGGGGAAAAGGGCUUCAACACCCAGUACUGCAAAGAACACCCAGAAGUAACUUGUGACAACUGUGUCCGGAAGAAAAAUUAUAGGACAAAAAAUGUGACAGAGGAAGUGAAGAGAGUUGUACGCUUUGUACAGGAGAAUUGCAGUGGUGGCAGUGGAAGAAAAUACAGUGCGGGCCAGCCUUCUAGCAGGCUCACCCUGAACAUGCUGAUUGACAUCUACCUCGGGUGUAAAAAUGCCAGGAUCCAGUCGGGUAUAUUUGGAGCAGGUGCUGCAUACUCCCGUCACAAUGUGGAGCGACUGUUUCGGAAAUUGGUUCUAGACCAAAUUCUGAGAGAGGAUUUAUACAUCACAGCCAAUGACCAAGCGAUUGCUUAUGCAAACGUAGGUGAAAAAGCACAGCAGAUUCUGAUGGGUUUCCUUCAAGUGGACUUUCAGGAGACGGACAAUGCCAGCAGCAUCAGGAAGCAGAGGAACUCAGUGACAAAGAACAUUUCCAAACGGGAGGAGAUGGUGAAGAAGUGUCUCGCUGAGUUGACCGAACUCUGCAAACGUCUGGGCAAAGUCUAUGGGGUCCAUUACUUCAACAUUUUUAACACUGCCACCAUCAAAAGAAUUGCAGAGACACUGUCGUCAGACUCUGAGGCCCUACUGCAGAUCGAUGGAGUUACUGAGGACAAACUGGACAAAUACGGAGGUGAACUUGUUGAAGUUCUCCAAAAAUAUUCCGAAUGGCAGCUACCAGAAGAGGAAGUUGGUGAAGCUGAUGCUCCCAAUGGCUGGAUAGACUGCCAGAGAAACCAGGAUGAAGAGGAGUCGGAGGAAACCUCAGCGUACUUCAACAAAGGCAAAGGUGGCCCCAUGAGGAAGCGAAAAAGGGCCCCACAUUACAAGAGGGCAAAGAAACGGAAAACCGGAUAUAACAGCCAGCAACCUUCAAAAAGCACCAAUGUGAAGAAUCCGACAAGUUCCAAGCAUUUCAACCAUGGACCGAGCACGGGUGCCAGGCGGCCAGGAGUAAUGCCACUGCCAGUUCCUCGUGGCAGCACCAACCAACGGUCUUUCCUCAAGCCUUCCUACUCUUUAAGUUAACCCUUGGUUUUCGCCUGACAGUGCGCAAUCCUUCACAUUCCUGUGCAAAGAGCAAAUGGAUGGUGUGGGACUGGAUCUAUAAGGAAAAUGGAAUCCCAACGCAUUUUCUUGUUAGUUUAAUUCAAGUUCCAAGUCUGCCAACCUGGAAAAGAUCUGAUGAAUUAAGCUGCUGUUUUGUUGAAUCCAAUCCAUCUCAUUUGAUUAAAGACUAUCCACUAUGGCAAAUUAAGGUAGUACCCUCUGAGUUAUGCUGCUACAUUGAUCAGCAGUCAAAGCUACUUUUGCUUCAAUACAUUGGUGGCUGUGAAGACGUAACAUUUAAAAUCUAAGGUACUUUGUACCCGAAGAAUACUUUUGCUUUGAGACCAGGGUGGAAUUCCUUGACAAUAAAUCUCAUGUUGUGUUCACUUAAUGUCUGAUCCCUAAAGCUGUUUUAUUUAACUGGCCAGUUCCUCUAAACCACUGUGGAAUUGCAAUGUUGCUUAAAUUUAACAAUUUAGGAUGUUUGCUGUUUUUUAAAUCUGUCUAUAAAAUCUGUAUUCUUCAUGAUAUGUGUCAUAUGUAAAUUAAAUUAAUUCUAUAUUUUAAUUCUUGAAGCUAGGUUACCAGGUUUGGAAAUUGUAUUUAUGCUGUGAAAUUCAAUUGUUCAGUAAUUUAUUUUUGCCUGCCCCUUUUUUAUUCAUCCUUAAUAUUCUGUAGCCUCGCUCACUUGAAAAGUGUCAGAUUUUCAUUCCUGACCAAGUUUUUUGAAGGUCACUCAGGUGGGAGAUGGUAUCUGUUUGGUUGUCGAUCCCAUUUUGCUUACCUUCUCCUUCUCUGUGCUUUCUGUGCAUAAUACUGCUGGUAUAAUGCUCAUGUCCAAGUAUAAAACCUGAUGUCAUAUUUAGACACAAAAUGCUGGUGUAACUCAGCAUGACAGGCAGCAUCUCUGGAUAGAAGGAAUGGGUGACGUUUCGGGUCGAGACCUUCUUCAAACCUAUCUAAAGAAAGGUCUCGACCUGAAACGUCACCUAUAUUUAUUGGGUUCAUAUUGUACAUUAAUUAUGCACAGAAUCUUAAAGUAACUUAAACUACAAAAUAAAGGGAUCCUGGGCUGCCAAGUUUAUUCUGAAGAACAAGAAUAAACAAUAAACUGACAAUUAGUCUAGUAGCUAAUUUCAUGUAUCCUCAAUGUGUCAAUCAAGUGUGUUGCCACAAGUUAAGUUUCAAAGGUCACAAAAUGGAUCUUUCCAGCUGAAUUUUUGCAUUCCAUGAAUACAAAGCUAGGGUUUCAGUUUUAACAGUUGUAUUAUGGUAAAACGUGAAAUAUUUACUUGAAUUGUUAUAGAAUACGCAUGGUCCAAUAAAGGAUUAGAAAUUUUACUGGU